AUGGCUGGGGUCAACUCCAGGCAGCAGAGAUCUGUCCUGCUCCAGCAGCUGGGGCUCAGCCUGGUCACAUCAGCUCUGGAAGGGAGCCUCGACAACAGAGAGACCGGGGCGGAUGCUAGCCAGGCUGGAGGCAGGGAUGGAGGGGUUGGAGCGGAUGGAGGCAUUGAGCAACAAGCAGCUUUCCCUAGAUGCUGUCUUCACAAACACAAUAACUCUUCUCCCCAAGUGUUUCAGGAGGAGAGGCUGGACAGCAAGCAGAAAGGGGGCAGGCUCUCUGAGGAGAAUCACGAGGAGGGCUCGCCAAGGGUGACCAGGAAUAAUGGGGGUGAGGAGCUUCCCUCCUCUGACUCCCUAAAGACAGACGAGGGCCUCUGCCUGGAGAGAGGAGGCGUAGAGGAGGUGGAGAAGAAGUAUUAGACAGGGGGAGUAGUAAUACAAGAAGAGAUACAGCUGCCUAGCCAAUCAGAUAGUACUGUGGGAAGGACGCGGGAGGAUGGGGGAGAGGGUCACACAGAGGGUUCUCUGGUGAAUGGAGGGAUCGUGUUUAAAGUGAAAGUGGGAAAGGAGGGAGAAGAGGAUGAGGAUCAGAAGAUGGAUGUAGUGGUGAAGAGUGAGCAGGUGAACUCCUCCUAUCCAGACACACCAGGUGUGUCCAGUGAUCCUCCAUUCCCAUCCGAGGACACUGGUGAUCAUCAGGAUGAGCCAGCAAACGAUGAGAAAGACAUACUCAGCCCAAAGGGAGAUGACACAAGCUCAUCCAACCCCCAAUCUAGCUCCGAUCCUCAGACAGAGACAGACCCACUCCAAGACAACAUGGAUGGAGGAGAUGGGUCGUCUGACAACGAGGGCCUAGAUAGCAACCAAGACCUGGGCCUUUCCUGCAUUCUCAACCCCAUAAGUCAGCUUGGCAGUGGGCCAUUAGGAGAGGACAGCCUCCCAAACACCACCAUCAGUGAGUCUCAGGCAGAAAGCAAUGAGGCUGUUAGGUCACUUCAAAGCUUAGAGGCAACAAACGCCUCCUCUUUCUGCUCUGCGUCCUCUUCCUCCCUUAUGUUCCCAGUAACCUCUGUCCCCUUCCAGCAGCUCCUCGCCGGCGAUGGCCACAGUUUCAGCGAAGGCUUCAUCCUCCAGCCCACCCAGACUCAGGACAUUCUAGGGGGCUUCCUAAGGGGAGUCAGGCCAGAUGUUGGCACCUUGGGCAGCCUCAGUCUGAGCACCUCCCUCUCCCGAACCACCAGGGCUGACAUAGCUGGAGUAGGGGGUAGUUUAGGGGCGCCAGCUAACUGUCGCAUUGCCCCUAAAGUAACCCCCAACUGAAGGCCAGAUAGACAGCCAGUCUCAGGAUGCCUCUUCAUCCUCCGGUCCAGUAGGGGGUGAAGCUGUUCCUCGGCCUGCCCUCACCAGAGCAUCAGAGAAUGUACUGUAUAAAUGUAAGAAGGCCUAGACGGAGCACAACAUCCUGGUAGUAGAGGGGGCCAGGAAGUACGCCUGCCGGAUCUGCUGUAAGACCUUCCUGACCCUGACAGACUGUAAGAAACACAUCCGGGUCCACACAGGGAAGAAGCCCUACGCCUGUCUCAAGUGUGGCAAACGCUUCAGUCAGUCGUCCCACCUAUACAAACAUUCUAAGACCACCGGUCUGCGCUGGCAGAACAGCCACCUGCCUGCCACGUUGCUUUGA